ACUGGACUUUCUGCAAGGCAAGUGUACACAGUAAACAUGGAGUGUGAACAAGUGGCAUAGGAUCGAUAGAGUCUGUGAUUCAUGCACCUCUCCUGUGAUGAGCAUGGCUGCACUUUACACAAGGAUUGCUCGGUGGAAGAAGCAGACUGGGCAUGGAGGGUGCAAAGAGGGGACUGUGCAUUCUGGAGCACAAGACAGCUGCGUUUGGAUGCAAGGGCCAAAAGUGCCAAAAGUGGAAAUUGAUUACUUGAAACUAAGAGAACUGUGCUCAAGACAUCUGCCAGCAAAAGCUGAACACCAGACGUUACCCUCAACAGGGAUCAGUAGAGAGAAACAUGAUCAGUUUAUGGCUGAGUAUUCAAAGAUAUUCAAGAGGAGAAGAUGUCGCUCGGUGGAGAACACAACCAAACCACCGAUACACACCUGCUAUUCACGAUGCAGUCACCAUGGAGACAUAUCAUCUUACAUGAUAGCCAUUCAUGGGAGAGAGAAGGGAGAACAGGAUGAGAUUGACCUCAGUACACGUCUGCAGGCUAUGGCUGACAUUGUCAGGAAACUGCCUAUCCAAAGGACAAAUACCGAAGUGAAGCGACUGUGCCAGCACCUGCUGCACUUCAGUGAGCUCUUCCCUGCCUCUCAGCUCCCACUGUCAACCAUCUUACCUGGGCUUGCAUCGCGAGUCUAUGUUGAGGCGCUACCGCAGAGAGGAUACUCGUUGCCAGUUCACAGUGGAGUGUACAUCAUCCUGCAAGGAUCAGUGGAAAAGUUGUCUCAAGAUCCAACCACAAUGGAACUCUCUUCUCUUAUCUUGAGAGCAGGGACCAGCUUCGGCAGCCUGGAAGGAGGUAAUGCGGAUCGCACGAUUAAAAAUAACUACCCAAUGUAUUACAACGACCAAACAUGUACUCUAUUGAGGAUCGCUCAAGUUGAUUAUCAGAGAGUGCUCCAAAAAUGCACCAGCGAAAUCACCAGUGUAAACGAGCGUCUGCUGAGGUCAUGUCCACUGUUGCAUGGCGUGAGUCCGUCCACACUCUCUAAACUGGCUCAAAACGUCACUUGGGAGACUGCCUCCAAAAGAAACACAGUUAUCCUCAGUGAGGGAGAGAGAAUAUCACGAGUGGGGAUCAUUCAGGAGGGAAGGUGCACUGCUCAGGCUCGAGUCCCUGAUACUCUCAUGUCAGUAGAGGUGAUAGUAGGUGAGGUCGUUCCUGGUGACUGCAUAGGAGAGGUUUUUUUGAGAGGAAGGGAGACACAGCCCUUCUCCAUAAUCACCGGCACGCCUCACACUAGGAUUGGUUGGAUUGAGACACGGGCUAUCAAAGUGAGUGAAGUUGAGAAGCAAAUACUGCCAAGUAAAGAUUUUUCUCUUCCCUUGCUCACAAAGGAAGUUCUACGCAACAUGUAUGCAGACAAACUGCUUGAAAAACAAUGGAGGAAAAUUCAGAGGGAUAUUGUGAAGGAGGUCCUGACCGAGCGUGGGAUUAGACGAGGGACAAGCAAGUGGCUGCACUCAGAAUCACAUCCAAGAUUGUCACGACACCAAUCGCAAUAAUUUUGAGUCAGUAUGUAUAAUAUUUUUAAACCAAUAUUAUAUUAUGACUUGUCCUGCACAUUUUUUGAUACUCAGUUUUGUUUCCGAAGUUUCAGUCAUGUAAACGUGAUACAUGUUGAUAUAUCACAUUUGCUUCAUCGUAAUACUCACCACGCUCUUGCAAAAACACCACAUUACAAGAGCCAUGGACAGAACAAUUUUUACUCUGUUUCGUUCUUAUUUGAACUCGUCAGCAUGGCACACUUGUUACAUGUAUGCAAUCUGUAGCCACAUGUACAGUUACAUAAUUAUACUGUUUGUGAGGGUUG